UUUUUUUUUUUCAGAAAAAUGAAGAAGUGAUGUGAAUAAUUGUAAUCGUAAAAUGAAUUCAUAAUUAUUAAAAAACAAAUCAAAAAUAUGCAAAAGAUAAAUCAACCGGGUUUCUUUAUAUGAUUAAAUAAUCAAACCAUGUAAUAUUGAAGUGUUUUUAGGUCGUUUUACAAGAACUAAUGAAAUAUGUUUGAAAUAAACAAGCGAUUUUUGGUAGCAAAGAAUUAUAAAUUACACAAUUUGGUUGUUGCUUUUAAAGCUUCAUUUGCAAAUCAUCUGUAAAGCUUUUAAAGCUUUGCAGUUCUAAUCUUAAGAACUGUAUUUUCAAUAUAAAUAUGGCAAAUAUUGUAAAAAACAUUGUCUCUACAACAUUAUAAUAUUAGUGUCAACAAUUUUUAUCUUUUAUUUAAAAAAUGACACUGUUUGUGUUAUAUCAUAAGUUGCUUUAAUUUAUACUAUCUACACUUUUUAAUAUAGUGUAAUUCAGCCAACUUUUUGGUAAGGUUUGCUUCAUUAAAAUUUCAAUAAUUUACGCUACAAUUUGUGUUAUCUAUCUCGUUUCACGUGAUUUGUUUAAUAUUUACUUAUCUUCAACGACAUAACACAAAAAAAGAUCUUUGUAAAUAGCUAUAAAAAUAAAAAAUUAUUAUAGUUAUAUGUACAUGUAAAAAAAUAUUCAAAAUAUGACAUUGUUGUUAAAACUAAAAAGCAAUAUUUUAGGAGUAUGUAUAUUUAUUUUAUGUUCGUUUUUUAAACUGCUAGCGUAAUAAACUAAUCAAAUUGUACUGUUAAUAUAAAUAUUAAAAACGAAAAAGUAUAUUAAUCAAUCUGAAAAUUAUUUUUAGAAGUACAUACUUAUUUCACAAACUUCGUACAGUUUCAUCCUGAAAAUAAAAAAUAAAAAUGACACACAAAAACGAGCUACAAGAAAUAUUUGAACUGGCUGAAAAAUUAGUUUUAAAAGCCGGCAUUAUUAUGCUUGAGGGAUUCUCUAAGCCAAAAAUGGAUUUUAAGUGUAAGAACGCGUUUUAUGACUUAGUAACAACGUAUGAUAAAAAAAUUGAAGAAAUGUUUGUGAAUGGCAUUAAAGCAAGUUACCAAAAUCACAAAUUUAUUGGAGAAGAACAAUGCGCUGAAGCUAAAGUCAUGCCUGAGUUAACCGAUUCGCCAACUUGGAUAAUAGAUCCAAUAGAUGGAACGACAAAUUUUAUAAAAAAAAUCCCGCAUGCGUGUAUUUCUGUCGCAUUGGCAAUAAAUAAAGAAAUAGUAAUUGGAAUUGUUUAUAAUCCCAUGUUAAACGAAUUGUUUACAGCUAGAAAAAAUAUUGGAGCCUUUUUAAAUGGAAAACCUAUAUUGGUCAAUAGUCAUAUUAAAAAAAUUUCCAAUGCAGUAGUUGGAUUUGAAAUAUCUCUAAUUCAUGCCGAAAAUGUGCGUGACAAAAAUUUAAAGAGAUUAUAUAAAAUAUGCACAAAAGCUACCGGAACCCGAUGUUUUGGAAGCGCAGCACUGACGCUAUGUUAUGUUGCAAAUGGUUUAAUUGAUAUCUAUAUGGUGGAUGAUCUUAAGCCAUGGGAUAUAGCCGCGGGCGCAAUAAUUGCAACUGAAGCAGGUGCAUCAAUAACCGAUCCCGAAGGAAAAACCUUCACAAUAAUGAAACCAAAUAUUGUAUGUGCAUCGUGUGCAGACUUAUGCAAAGAAAUAUGUGGUCUAAUUGAUGAAGCUGAAUGCAUGAAUGAAUUUAUUUUUGAAUAAACUUGUUAUCUUGAUAUUAUUGCAGAAACUAAAUAAAUAAUUUGGAAUAAAAACAAUCAUUAGAUUUAUUGACAACCCAUUCGCAACAUAAGUAAACUUUACAUUUUAAUUUUGAUUACAUAUUAGAUGAAACCCUUUUGUUAGAAAAAACUU